AUGCUUAAUUAUCUUGAUUUCAAGACAGCUUUUGAUCCACCCUUGUUUCCUGUGUUUAUAAAUGCGGUGAAGCAUGCGCUGGUUGGAAGAAAAAAUGAAAAUAAUGCCAGCUGUUCAGAUGGAAGUAUUUUCACUUCAAAAGAACAACAAAGUAACGAAAUAGCUGUGAUUGACGGCGAGAUAAAAGACAUUCAACUAUCUGUCUUUGAGAAAAAAUUUCUGCUUUGUUCUGAACGAGGAGAUGUUCCGGCAGUUAGAGCAUUGUUGGAAAAGCACAAAAAUAAUGAUCGUUUCAACAUCAACUGUCGAGAUGCUGUCGGACGAACUGCUCUGGUGGUUGCAAUUGAAAAUGAAAAUAUGGAACUCAUCGAGUUGCUUUUAGACAAUGGCAUAGAGCAAGGAGAUGCCCUUCUUCAUGCAAUCAGUGAAGAAUAUGUUGAGGCAGUUGAAGUAUUGCUACAGCACGAAGAAAAAACUUAUGUGCCAGGAAAACCAUACAGCUGGGAAAAUGUAGACGACAUGGCUGCAUUCACUAAAGAUAUAACACCUUUAAUAUUAGCUGCUCAUCGAGAUAACUAUGAGAUCAUCAAACUUCUACUAGACAGGGGUGCUUCCCUUCCUAUGCCGCACGACGUUCGUUGUGGAUGUGAUGAGUGCGUUUUAGCAACAAAAGAUGACUGUCUUCGCCACUCUAGAUCACGCAUAAAUGCAUAUAGAGCUCUAUCAUCUCCAUCGUUAAUUUGUUUGUCUUCUACGGAUCCAAUACAAACCGCUUUCCAUCUGAGCAGAGAGUUAGCUAGACUAUCGAAGAUUGAGAAUGAGUUUAAGACUGAUUAUUCAGAAUUGCGGAUUAAGUGCGAAAAAUAUGCAACAGAUUUAUUAGACCAUACUAGAACAUCGACUGAGUUAGAAGUAAUGCUAAAUUAUGAUCCCAAUGGUCCAAUGUAUGUGAAAGAAGAACGGAUGAAAUUAGAAAGGCUAAAAUAUGCCAUUCUAUGUAAGCAGAAAUCAUUUGUAGCACAUCCAAACGUUCAACAGCUCCUGGGUACUGUGUGGUACGAAGGAAGUCCUGGUUUUCGACGAAAAAAUGUAGUUGCUCAACUAAUGGAAAUCAUAAAAUUUGGAGCGAUGUUUCCCAUCUAUUGCUUAGCUUACAUGAUUUGCCCUAAUAGUUCCCUAGGAAAUGCACUGAAAAUGCCAUUCACUAAGUUUAUCGUUCAUUCAGCAGCUUAUUCUUUUUUUCUAUUGUUGCUAAUAAUGGCUUCACAGCGAGUUGAAAAUUUAGUAAUGAAAUGGAUAGGAACAGACUUUUUCCUUGAACGGAUUCGAGUUGACCACGAGGAAGAAAGAGGAAAAUUGCCUGGAGUUGUUGAGUCUGCUAUUCUACUUUAUGUUAUAGGUUUUGUAUGGGCAGAAAUUGAAGAACUUUGGGGCGACGGACUUUAUAACUAUCUACUGAACAUGUGGAAUGUUGUUGAUUUUCUUACAAACAUGUUGUAUCUUACCUGGAUUGGCUUACGAUUCUCUGCUUGGUUCAUUGUUAGAAGAGAAAUUGCUUCUGGUUUAAACGCUUACAUCCCCAGAGAGACAUGGGAUCCUUAUGAUCCAAUGCUGAUAUCGGAGGGAAUAUUUGGAGCUGCAAACAUUUUUAGCAUUUUGAAGUUGGUUCACAUAUUCUCGGUUAAUCCUCACCUUGGGCCUCUGCAAAUAUCCCUCGGUCGCAUGGUGUUCGACAUUAUUAAAUUUUUCUUCAUUUAUACGUUGGUGCUCUUUGCUUUUGGAUGUGGGAUGAAUCAGCUACUCUGGUACUAUGCUGAUAUAGACAAGGAGCUCUGUUAUAGCGGGCCUAAUGGCGAAGAAAAUCCUGAUUACGAACAAUCCUGUUUGAUAUGGAGAAGAUUUGCGAAUUUGUUCGAAACAUCUCAAAGUUUAUUUUGGGCAAGUUUUGGGUUAGUUGAACUGGAAAACUUCGAGCUUUCUGGCAUCAAAAGUUAUACUCGAUUCUGGAGUUUGUUGAUGUUUGGUUGCUAUUCAGUAAUAAAUGUUGUGGUACUUUUAAAUCUACUUAUUGCAAUGAUGAGCAAUUCUUACAACAUAAUAUCUGAACGUUCUGAUGUUGAGUGGAAAUUUGCUCGUAGUAAACUUUGGAUGAGUUACUUUGAAGAUGGAUCAACUGUUCCCCCACCAUUUAAUAUAUUUCCUUCGAUUAAAUUUUUGUGCCGGUGCUCUAGCUGUUUAACAAAACCCAAGUCACUAUCAAUUAAAGUGAAAGAAGAACUUGAAAGAGAUGCUAAAUACAGAUCUGUGAUGAGAUGCUUAAUACGCCGAUACGUCACAACGCAGCAGAGGAAGGCUGAAGAUACUGGUGUGACAGAGGAUGACGUGAAUGAAGUGAAGCAAGUAGUGACCAGUUUUCGAAGUGAACUGUUUGACAUCCUUAAAAAUAAUGGCAUGAAAGGAGUUAAUUCUACAUCAGAAACAUUAAGCCGCAAAGAGCGCUUGAGAGAAAGACGACUUUUGAAAGACUUCAACAUUGAUUUGGUAGAAACUGUAGUCGAUGCUUUUGUAAAGACUGACAUGAAAAAUAAAUUCAGUGUGGUUCGUCGUUUAACCACAAGGAGACGUGAUAAAGCAAAGAAGAACUGGAACGCUAUUGUUGGUGCUGCCCGUGCAAAACAAAACCCAAUUGGCAGAACGUUAGACCAUAGUGGUAGUCUGAAAGAUCUCAGAGAAAAAGUUUUUCAAGAACAAGAAAUUUCGCCAAUGAAAGGAGUUAAAAGAUUUGCAAAUGUUGCUCGAAGAGUUAUACAUGAUCCAUCUUACAAGAGCAAUUUUGAUGCUAGUCAAAACAUUCAAUGCAUCGAAGAAGAAGAUCCGGACACAUUUUCUCCUAGUACUACCCCACGAAAUUCGGUACAGAAUAUUAUGGUCAAUGAUGAAACUGUUAUCAAAACUAAAAGUCCUACCAUAGCAGCUUCAUCAAGCUCAGUAGAUUGCGCUGUUAUUGAGGUAGAAAAAGAUAUUUCUGUUGGUAAACCAAAAGAUAAACCACUUGAAGAAAGUCAAGAUCGCUGCAAAGACGAAGAUGGGAUUAAGCCUUCCAUUCCUGUUAAAGUUUUGGAAGUAAAAGCAAUUGUGCCCCCAUCUCCAAGUUCGGAAACACGAAGACAUUCUGCACCAGGCAGUAAGGGUGAAAGCACGUCUGUUUAUACUUUUCAAAACCGCAAAGAUCAAGUCCAUCCUUCACCAACAGGAAAAAAAGGGUGGAUAUGACUUUAGCUUCACUCAAAUAUGUUUUCUUUGCUUGAACAUGAUCAUGAAUGCACCAUUUUUAGUUUCAUAUUGUUCACAAAUUUGUA